AAAAGAAAAAAGAAACGACAGAAACCGAGAGUGAGAGCGGCAGAGUCGGAGAUACGAGAGGAAGAAAAGCUCGUACAUGUGACUGGUGGAAUGACUGCUGCGCGUACGAGUCCAUUUCGAGAAAGGAUCUCGUCGACGGUCGGAUUUUGCCUUAAGGAGACGGGAAUUGCACAGGUGAGGUGACGAUGAUGAACUUAAUGGAUCCCUCGACUGCCCUUUUGGCUGCUUGUGGAGGCGACACCGUGAAGCUUUUCGAUGUUUCAGAGGGGACGGGUAGCAGCGAUCCCUGCACCUUGAGCUACGUGCCGUCGCCUGGUUUCCAAGUGAACUCUGUCAAAUGGAAUCACACUAAUUUAGUUGUUGCAAGUGCAGGAGAUGACAAGAAGAUUUCACUAUGGCGGAAAAAUGGGCAGAGUAUGGGAACAGUCCCGACUUCUGGGAGUGAUGUUGGAGACAACAUUGAUGAAUCCAUAUUAGCUAUCAGCUUUAGCAACAAAGGUUCUAGGUAUCUUUGUUCUGGAGGUAGCAGUCAAAUUGUAAGAGUAUGGGAUCUGCAGAGGAAGCGCUGCAUCAAGUGGCUGAAAGGUCACACAGAUACAGUCACUGGUGUAAUGUAUAAUUGCAAAGAUGAGCAUUUGGCAUCAAUUAGUCUGAAGGGCGAUCUUAUCCUUCAUAACCUGGCUUCUGGAACACGGGCUGCUGAACUCAAGGACCCAAAUGAACAGGUAUUAAGAGUGCUUGAUUAUUCUCGAAUUAGCCGGCACGUUUUGGUGACAGCAGGUGACAAUGGAUCUGUACACAUGUGGGAUACCACGGGGCGAAGUCCAAAGGUUUCUUGGCUGAAGCAGCAUUCUGCACCAACAACUGGUGUUUGCUUCUCACCAUCAAAUGACAAGAUAAUUGCUAGUGUUGGUCUGGAUAAAAAGUUAUAUACUUUUGAUUCGGGGACUAGAAAAUCAACAUCCUGUAUUCCCUAUGAAGCUCCUUUCUCUUCACUGGCAUUUAGAGAUGAUGGUUGGACACUGGCUGCUGGAACGAGUAGUGGUCGUAUAGUAUUUUAUGAUGUUCGUGGAAAACCACAGCCUCUCACUGUUCUUCGUGCUUAUAGUUCUGAGGCUAUUACAAGUUUAUGCUGGCAAAGAUCAAAGCCCAUCAUUGUAAAUGAAAGUACUUGUACUGCUGAGAUUGCUCUGCUGGGUGGCACAGGGGAAGAAUCAAUCCUUAUGCCAGAUCCACUCCCUUCUUUGACAUCAUCAAGCCUUUCUUCAGCAACAGUGCUGGUUGGUUCCCGUAAUUCUGGUCGUUCAGUUUCUGUUGCUGAUGCAUCUCUGCUUACAACGACCAGCAGUGGGUCGAUAUCAACUACGUCAUACCUCUCGGCGGUGGAGGAAACUCCACAUCGUAACCUUUUGUGGAAAGGUGGGGCUUUGUCAAGGUUACACGCCCCACGUUCUAAUUACAACUUCAAUGAUGACAUGGAAGUGUUUUCACCACUGGUGGAAGUUCAGCCGAUUACACCCUCACUUGGCACUUGGUGGGAUGAGCAUGAAGAUGCAAAAAAUGACCAUGAUAGGAAGCCCUCAUCGUUGUUUCCUUCGUCGGCCAGGAGAUUUCCGUACACUGAAGAAGGGAGUAUGGAUCCUCAUCCAAUCUCACAUUGGAAAUCGAAUUCAACUUCCAAACAGGACGAUACUCCAUCUACUUUGUCACUGCCAAGUUCUAUGCCCAUUACUCCUCCUGAAGCUUGGGGUGGGGACGGAUUGUCUGACAAACUAUCUCAUCUCCGCCCAGCAGUUCCCAAGCAAUCACGCUUUAUGACCAGUGGCUUGUUAACAUCUGGCGCUUCUAGUUCCGUAUUCACAGGCUUGCAAGAUUCAUCUGCAUCCACAAGCCACACCAGUAUCAGCUCUCUAACACAUACAAUCACAAGUUCUACAAGCCUGCAUGGCAAAGACAUCUCCAACCACGAGACUCUUUCUGGUUUUCCAUUUAGUUCUACUUCUUCACCCUUUGGGACCAAAACGAUAGCAGGCCAGGCAAAUCUUGAAUUUCCAGGGUCAAUACAAUUGGCCCUCCCUAGAAAAUAUUCCAGCUACGCUGAGAGGAUGAGUACUGUUUCUUCCUCAGGUGAUGGAGCGAGCCAUGUGAUAGGUUCACCAAAACUAAAGAAGACCGGUGCGGAAAUACGGGAAGAGCUUGUUAAUAGCUUCUCGAGGUCGGAUACAUCGGCCACAGUGUCAAGGCUUCUUCCAACAACAAAUGGAGCUGUGUUGCAACCCCAAACCCAAAAGAGCUUAGCUCAGACGGAACAGCAGCAGGGAACCUCAUCAUUUAUGCUUCAGCUUGUUCAGCGCACGCUUGAAGAAACACUCACAUCCGUACAGAAAUCCAUCCACGAAGACAUGAGGAAUCUCCACAUCGAACUACUAAGACAAUUUCAUAUGCAGGAGACGGAAAUGUCAAGCUUGAUGACAUCGGUUCUAGAGAAGCAAGCCGAGCUGAUGAAGGAAGUGCAGUCGCUCCGAAAAGAGAACCAGCAACUUAGGCAGUUACUUUGAGCCUUGCCAAAAUUUCCAUCUGAUUCUGAUUCUUUUUGGAUUUGUUUCCUAGGAUCUGGCCAAAGUUUCAAUUACCGAAUUUUCGGAGCUCGAUUGGUUUGUGGUCAUUGAUCGCUUGAGUGUUUGAGUGGGAUCUGGCAUCUCUGAUUUAUUACUUUCGGUUGAUGUAGUGAUAGGAACCUGUUUCUUUCCUUUUUCACAUGUACAUAUCAUGCGUUUAUCUGGGUAUGGUUCUCAAGCUCUGUUGAUUUUGAUUUUCCCA